AUGAGUAGAGCGGAGUUUUACGAGGUGUGGAGCUGGUUCGAUCCCUGCGGACCGCAGUUGACGAAAUUUUGGUGGCUAACAUUAGGCCGUCCAUGGAGAUUAUCCUCGAUCCUGAUGGCGACUGCACACGAGAGCUCUUCUACCCGCUCCCUUUGUAGGGUCCCAAAACAACGCGAAGUCAGUGUCUUCUACGCGGAAUCAUCCCUCUUCAAGACGUAG